AUGGCUCCUCGACUUAUGGGGCUGCCUACGCAGCUUCAACAAUUCAUCGCAAGGCCAUUCCAAACCUCACCACUGGCAUUCCUCGUUCCGCAAUUCCAGCAGCGCGGCGCGCACAUCCUCUCCUCCCUCUCCGACAAUCCUUCCGCCUACAACAAGCGCAUCCGCCGCGGUCGUGGUCCCGCUUCUGGCAAGGGUAAGACAUCCGGUCGUGGUCACAAAGGUCAGGGACAGCACGGAAAGGUCCCGGCCGGCUUCAAUGGUGGUCAGACGCCCGAUAUCGUCGUCUCCGGCGAGCGAGGAGGAAAGAACCUUUUCGCCCUCGAAUGGGCCCCCGUCAACCUUGAGCGCAUCCAAGACUGGAUCGACCAAGGCCGCAUUGACCCAACCCGCCCCAUCACCAUCCGCGAAUUAACCCAAUCCCGCUGCAUCCACCAGCACAAGGAUGGCGUCAAAGUGCUGGGCGGCGGCGAGGGCAUCCUCAAACAACCAAUCCACCUCGUCGUCUCCCGCAUCUCGGCUUCUGCAAUCACAGCCGUCGAGGCAGCCGGCGGAUCCGUCGCAACGCGAUUCUACACGCGCUCCGCUAUCCGACACAUCAUGGCGAAGGAGUCCCAUCCCUUCAUCUCGCUGGCUUGGGCCGCUGAGUCUGGAUCCGCUGAACUGUUGAAGGCGGACGGAGCCCCUGAGGAACUUUCCGAGGCGAAUGUGAUGAAGGCCCGUGGAUAUCGGUACAGAUUGCCUGAUCCUACGCGUCGUCGAGAUAUCGAGUAUUAUCGUGACCCUGCGCACAGGGGCUAUUUGAGCCACUUGCUUAAGCCGAUGGAAGGACCUAGUCUGUUCUUCCGCUCGCCUGAGGAGCGCAAGUCGGCCGCUGGUACGAAGAAGGAGAAGGUGUUGCCGGAGAACAGACUCUGGUAG